UACACCAUGGCCUCUAUAAACAACGCGUUCGCACUUCUGAAAGGGGCAUCAGCUGCGGAGCAGCAGCUGAACAAGAAGAAGAAGAACAAGAAACCAGCUGCUAACGCCAAUCCCUCACAAGCUGCUCCUGCACUUGCUCCAGUAGCGCCUCCACCACCAGCACCUGUUUUGGUGCCACCUGUCAGCAACGAUCUGGUCAUUGGAGUGAACGAAGCGUGCGCAAUCUUCGAGCGCGCGGCUCGUGAGGCUAAGACGCAGUCUGACAAGGUCAAGCUCUGGAAGGAGUGGACACGACUGGCGAGUGACAAGGCGUCAAAGUUGAAGUACGUGGAUGCUGAUGGAGUCAACCUGGACUUCAAGCAGGUCAUUUUGCGAUGCAAGGCGUUAGAGAUCUGUGCCGAGAGCUGUAUUUCCACACCGCUGCAAGCGGACAAGGAGAGCGUCCUGGCACAGAUGUUCGCAUCAUUCCUGCCUAAUGAGUCCGGGGUCUGCAACGCAUUGGCGAACAUACUUCUGCGGCUUUCGAACUCUCUUGGCCAGGACGCCCCGGACACCUUGGGUGCAGCACAGCGCGCUGUGAGCAGUCUGGUGCAAACCCUCAAGUCCGCGGCCGUGCAAGACGAAGCGGAGGCAGAAGCAGCGAACCCAGUGGCUGCCUGGCUCGGCCGUGUUUCGGCGCUGGACAAGGAGAUCGUGCGCCAGCAUGCGCUCUUGCAGAAGCUUGGAGCAGCGAACAAGAACGUUGUGACGAGGGAAACCGCCAACACGGCCCGUCAGCUCGUGAAAUUGCACGAGGAGAAGUUCGAUCUGCUACAGCCGGAGGCCGUACCUGUAGCCAAGCCGCCUUCAGGGGCACUGGGGGCCUGCCUCCGCAGCAUCGAAGAGCUCAAGGCUGUGAUUGGGGCCCACCUCAAGGAGGCGGAGCUGAAAUCGGGAGGCGCAGCGGCGGUGGACGCUUCAUCUCGUGCUGCGCAGGUGGCGAACUACAAGCGCGAAGAGGAGAUUCUUGCGACACAGGCUGCACAGGUCUCAAGCCAAAUCCGCACCCUUGAGGCGCAGCUUCAUUCGCUGCGCGCGCAAGCUGCUGAGAUUGAGGAUAAGCGUGCGGCAUUGGCAGGAAGGCAACGGGGCGUAUGGGAGAAUGGCAACAGCGCAGGCGGCAAGGGCGGGCGGGCGCAGGCUGGCCCAGCAGUGCUCACCCCAGCGCAUUACCGAGAUGCUUUGGGCUUGGCGGAGACGCUGGCGGACCUGGCGGACCCUGGCCGGUCGGCCGCUGCCUCUCCAGAGCAAAUUCUUACUGUGCAAAGCGCCCAGGUCAACGCGCCAGUGGAUUAUGUGGCCGCGGCAGAGCACCUUCUGAGCGCUGCGCUUGGCUUCCUUGGCGAGGUGCCGGCCAAGCUGACCUUUUGCCGGCAGCGCAUUGCACAGGCAUCCAAGCUCGCGCAACUGGGUGCAGUGGCCGGCAAGGUCCUGGAGGGCAGCAAGCGCCAGGCGGAAGAUGCGGAAAAGCUUCUGUCUGACACGAUGGCAAUGGCAGAGGAGAUGGUGGCAGCAGCUUCCCAGGUGCGUGCCGACGCGCACAAGCGCUACGAUUCCAUGGUACGGUUUAACCCCGAGAAGGCAUCUGUGGUGGCUGCACACAUCCGCAACACCGACGCUCUGGCAGCACAGGUGGUGCAGCAAUAUAACCUCAUCCUGGGCACGGCGAACGGGUCAGCACCUGUGGUUCCUACGGUCACCGCCCCUACCGCGGCGGUCCCCGUGGCAGCUGUCGCUACUGACCCUGCACCGGUGGUGUACACCCCACUGGUCGGCGCUCCCGUCGCAUCGGCCAGCGGCCCCGUGGCCUCGGCGGCGAGCCCCGUCCGAUCCCCGGCGGGCCCAGGCCCGCGCACGCCAGCUCCGGCCCCGGCCACCGCACCUAAGGCAAAUGGCGGCCCUGCGGCUACCCCUGCUCCAGCUCCUGUUGCAGCACCAGCACCGCGUCCAGUGCCGACUGGGCCACCUCCGCGGCAGUGGGCCAAGGUGGAGACCCCCGUGGUGAGCUUGGCCGCCGACAGCUCGCUACCCACACCAGCGGAGGCCUUUAAGGGGCCUUCGACGUCCGCGGGGACGUCUGAUCCGGAUGGCUUUAAGUCCGCCGGAAAGAAGAACCAGCGGAAGAAGGCGUAAACGCAGCCCAUAGGAUCUACGGUAAUGUUUAGAGCUGUAGGCUGCGGUUGGCCCGACAACAGCCAUGUGGCUUCGUAUGCGCCACGUACCCGGAGGCUCUUCGGCCCUGCAUCAUCAGUAAUGCUUCCGGCAGAUGUUUUGCGAAGCUGUCCCGUCGUGCAUGCGUGCGCAUGCGCAUGAUUUGCAACGUAGCCAAGUCAGCCUUUCAACAACCUUCGCGCUCGGACUGGAUAAGUGUCAUCUGGCUGGCUUUGACACUAACUGUAUCGCGCACUCGGAUUGGCAUGUGUUUUAGAGCAUGCCGUAUGUCAGGCUUUUAGCCGGCAUGAGUACUCAACAGCGGACCGUGUGAUCUAGCACAAGGCAGGUGAGGGCCUGUCAUACUGCCAGCCGCAUUGUCCGGCUGUUUUCCGUGACAAGGGCGGCUCAAUUCGGAAGCAUGGCAGUCGUUAUUGCCUAUGUACGGUUCAGGCCGCCCGAUAAGCACGGUUCGUGCGUGGAAAUGGAUCUGUACCGGCGCGGGAGCGGCUUACUUGAUCCCGGAGAGUAAGAGUAGGUCGAUUAUGAGUUUUUUUCCCGGUCGACGUCGUGUCUGAGAUUGGUCGGCGUUUCAGUACACGACUCCCCGUGCUGCAAAUAAAGCCGAUAGCAUUUUGUACGCAUUGUAUUUCUUGAUCUGCUUUCGUAUAACUUGGCGGUGGGACUCCGCAGGGGUGGUGACUCUUCUGUGUAAUGCGUGUAAAUUAGAUGUUUUGC